GGAGUGUGUCCUCUUAGGUUUGGGAACCUCCAAUUAGUUCCAUCUCAAGUGCUGAGAGAGUGAGUGUGUGUGUGUGUGUGUGUGUGUGUGUGUUUAGUUAGCUAGCACGACACACUUCCCCAGGGUUGUGUUUCCUUUUUCCUGAGAUCUGGCCAAGGGUAAAGGGUCGGAGUCACAUGGAUAGAAAGCAUUUGAUGAAUGUCCAAGACACCGCUGUGGCUGCAGGAGCCGCCUACACUCGGGCUCAGGCCGCGUGAGGCCGGAGCAGCGGGGCUGGGCGCUCAGAGCCCGAGCGCGAGCUUGCUCUCCCGGGAGUUUCCUGUGCAGAGCCCCGCGCCUGUCGCGCGGGAGUUCCAGUCUGAGUGCCCUCCUCUCCCACCUCCCCAUCCUCACCACAGCAUGUAAAGUCGUCCGUCCCUCCUCGGACUUUACCGAGGCGGCAACUUUCCUCUCUAGCCGCCGGGAGCAGAGCAGCAGAAGCGCGCGGGGCAGCGCGCAGCACGGCCGGCAAGCCCCGCGUCCCGCCGCCCACCAUGAGCGAGGAGAGCCGAGGGGACGGCCGCGCCGAGAGCGCCAAGGACAUGGAGAAACAGCUUCGGCUGCGCGUGUGCGUGCUCAGCGAGCUGCAGAAGACCGAGCGGGACUACGUGGGCACCCUGGAGUUCCUAGUGUCGGCAUUCUUACAUAGAAUGAACCAGUGUGCUGCAGCAAAGGUGGACAAGAAUGUAACAGAAGAAACAGUGAAGAUGUUGUUCUCAAACAUUGAAGAUAUCCUUGCAGUACAUAAAGAAUUCUUAAAAGUCGUGGAAGAAUGCCUACACCCAGAACCCAAUGCUCAACAGGAAGUGGGGACCUGCUUUCUUCACUUUAAAGACAGGUUUCGUAUCUAUGAUGAAUACUGUAGCAACCAUGAGAAGGCACAAAAAUUGCUUCUUGAACUUAACAAAAUAAGAACAAUCCGGACGUUUCUUUUGAACUGCAUGUUGCUCGGAGGAAGAAAUAAUACAGAUGUCCCCUUGGAAGGAUACUUGGUAACUCCGAUUCAAAGGAUAUGCAAGUACCCUCUGCUCUUGAAGGAGUUGCUGAAGAGGACUCCACGGAAACACAGUGACUACGUGGCAGUGAUGGAAGCCCUCCAAGCCAUGAAAGCAGUCUGUUCCAACAUAAACGAGGCCAAGAGACAGAUGGAGAAGUUAGAAGUUUUAGAGGAAUGGCAGUCUCACAUUGAAGGCUGGGAGGGAUCUAACAUCACUGACACCUGUACUGAAAUGUUGAUGUGUGGAGUCUUACUGAAAAUUUCUUCUGGAAAUAUUCAAGAACGCGUGUUUUUUCUUUUUGAUAAUCUUUUGGUGUACUGCAAAAGGAAACACAGACGCUUGAAGAACAGCAAAGCAUCCACAGAUGGACACCGGUACCUAUUUCGGGGCCGGAUCAAUACCGAAGUGAUGGAGGUGGAGAAUGUGGAUGAUGGCACCGCUGACUUCCAUAGCAGCGGACACAUUGUUGUUAACGGUUGGAAGAUACAUAAUACAGCAAAAAAUAAGUGGUUUGUGUGCAUGGCAAAAACACCUGAAGAAAAGCACGAGUGGUUUGAAGCUAUUUUGAAAGAAAGAGAACGACGAAAAGGUUUAAAACUAGGAAUGGAGCAAGACACCUGGGUAAUGAUCUCUGAACAGGGUGAGAAACUUUAUAAAAUGAUGUGCAAACAAGGAAAUCUGAUCAAAGACAGAAAAAGGAAAUUGACUACGUUCCCUAAAUGCUUCCUUGGAAGUGAAUUUGUGUCGUGGUUGUUGGAAAUUGGAGAGAUUCAUAGACCCGAAGAAGGUGUUCACUUGGGACAAGCAUUAUUAGAAAAUGGAAUCAUUCACCAUGUUACUGAUAAACAUCAAUUCAAGCCAGAGCAGAUGUUAUAUAGAUUUCGGUAUGACGAUGGUACGUUUUAUCCAAGAAAUGAGAUGCAGGAUGUGAUUUCAAAGGGAGUAAGAUUGUAUUGUCGUCUUCAUAGUCUGUUUACCCCAGUGAUAAGAGAUAAAGAUUACCAUUUAAGGACCUACAAAUCUGUUGUCAUGGCCAACAAAUUGAUAGACUGGUUAAUUGCACAGGGGGAUUGCCGUACCAGAGAAGAGGCAAUGAUAUUUGGCAUUGGACUCUGUGACAAUGGAUUUAUGCACCAUGUCCUGGAAAAAAGUGAAUUCAAAGAUGAGCCCCUACUUUUCCGUUUUUUUGCGGAUGAGGAAAUGGAAGGAUCAAAUAUGAAACAUCGACUUAUGAAACAUGAUUUAAAAGUUGUGGAAAAUGUUAUAGCCAAGUCACUCUUGAUUAAAUCUAAUGAUGGCAGUUAUGGCUUUGGGCUAGAAGACAGAAAUAAAGUUCCAAUAAUAAAAUUGGUAGAAAAGGGGUCUAAUGCUGAGAUGGCUGGCAUGGAAGUUGGGAAAAAGAUUUUUGCUAUUAAUGGUGACCUGGUUUUUAUGAGACCUUUCAAUGAAGUGGAUUGCUUCUUGAAAUCAUGCUUAAACAGCAGAAAGCCUCUAAGAGUUCUUGUGAGCACAAAGCCAAGGGAGACUGUGAAAAUCCCAGAUUCAGCUGAUGGGCUUGGAUUCCAGAUCCGAGGAUUUGGCCCUUCUGUGGUACAUGCAGUAGGAAGAGGAACUGUAGCUGCAGCAGCUGGUCUUCACCCUGGACAGUGUAUUAUCAAAGUAAAUGGAAUCAAUGUCAGCAAAGAGACCCACGCCAGUGUCAUUGCGCAUGUUACAGCCUGCAGGAAAUACAGGCGACCAAUGAAGCAAGAUUCCAUACAGUGGGUUUAUAAUAGCAUCGAGAGUGCUCAGGAAGACCUCCAAAAAUCUAACUCCAAACCUCCUGGAGAUGAACCAGGGGAUGCUUUUGACUGCAAAGUUGAAGAGGCACUCGACAAGUUCAACACCAUGGCCAUCAUCGACGGGAAGAAGGAGCACGUGAGUCUGACAGUGGACAACGUCCACCUGGAGUACGGGGUUGUGUACGAGUAUGACAGCACAGCUGGGAUCAAGUGCAAUGUGGUGGAGAAGAUGAUUGAGCCCAAGGGGUUCUUCAGCCUGACUGCCAAGAUUCUUGAAGCCCUGGCUAAAAAUGAUGAUCAUUUUGUGCAAAACUGUGCCAGCCUAAAUUCUCUAAAUGAAGUGAUUCCUUCUGACCUUCAGAGUAAAUUCAGUGCCAUGUGCAGUGAAAAAAUUGAGCACAUUUGUCAGAGAAUUUCCAGUUACAAAAAGUUCUCUCGUGUGCUGAGGAAUCGAGCUUGGCCCACCUUUAAACAAGCCAAAUCUAAGAUCUCCCCACUGCACAGCAGUGAUUUCUGCCCUACCAACUGCCAUGUCAAUGUGAUGGAAGUUUCUUAUCCCAAAACAUCAACCUCUCUGGGGAGUGCUUUUGGUGUUCAGCUGGAUAGUAGGAAGCAUAAUUCUCAGGAUAAAGAAAGUAAAUCUUCUGAGCAAGGGAAACUGAGCCCGAUGGUGUACAUUCAGCACACCAUUACGACCAUGGCAGCCCCUUCAGGACUAUCUUUGGGACAGCAGGAUGGCCAUGGCCUUCGGUAUUUGUUGAAAGAAGAAGACUUAGAAACUCAAGAUAUCUAUCAGAAACUUCUGGGCAAAAUCCAGACUGCACUGAGAGAAGUGGAGAUGUGUGUUUGUCAAAUAGAUGACCUUCUAUCUUCAAUCACAUAUUCUCCAAAAUUGGAACGUAAGACCUCAGAGGGCAUAAUACCAACAGACAGCGACAAUGAGAAGGGAGAAAGAAACAGCAAACGAGUCUGUUUUAACGUAGCAGGAGAUGAGCAGGAAGAUUCAGGUCAUGACACCAUCAGCAACAGAGACUCAUACAGUGACUGCAACAGCAACAGGAACUCCAUCGCCUCCUUCACCAGCAUUUGCAGCAGCCAGUGCAGCUCCUAUUUUCACAGUGACGAAAUGGACUCGGGUGAUGAACUUCCCCUAAGUGUUCGCAUUUCUCGUGAUAAACAGGACAAGAUACAUAGUUGCCUUGAGCAUCUUUUCAGCCAGGUGGAUUCAAUUACCAAUCUCCUAAAAGGACAAGCUGUUGUGAGGGCCUUUGAGCAAACUAAGUAUCUCACACCAGGUCGAGGAUUACAAGAAUUUCAACAGGAAAUGGAACCAAAGCUGAGUUGUCCAAAAAGGUUAAGGCUUCACAUCAAGCAAGAUCCUUGGAAUCUUCCCAGCAGCGUCCGGGCUCUUGCUCAGAACAUCAGAAAAUUUGUUGAAGAGGUAAAGUGUAGGAUACUCCUGUCUCUUCUUGAAUACACAGUCAGUCAGACACAGCUCCGGAGAGACAUGGUUUUCUGCCAAAGUCUAGUGGCCACCGUCUGUGCCUUCUCUGAGCAGCUCAUGGCAGCCUUAAACCAGAUGUUUGACAACAGCAAGGAAAAUGAGAUGGAGACAUGGGAAGCCAGCAGAAGGUGGCUGGACCAGAUAGCAAAUGCAGGUGUUCUCUUUCACUUUCAGUCACUUCUGUCACCAAACUUGACCGAUGAACAAGCCAUGCUAGAAGAUACACUGGUUGCACUAUUUGAUUUGGAAAAGGUUUCAUUUUACUUUAAACCAUCAGAAGAGGAACCACUGGUUGCAAAUGUUCCUCUUACAUAUCAAGUGGAAGGAAGCCGGCAAGCUCUGAAGGUUUAUUUCUACAUUGAUAGUUACCAUUUUGAACAACUGCCCCAAAGGUUGAAAAAUGGAGGAGGGUUUAAAAUUCAUCCUGUUCUUUUUGCACAAGCACUGGAGAGCCUGGAAGGAUAUUAUUAUAGAGACAAUGUUUCUGUGGAAGAAUUUCAAGCCCAGAUAAAUGCAGCCUCCUUGGAAAAGGUCAAGCAGUACAACCAGAAACUCAGGGCAUUCUAUUUGGACAAAUCAAAUUCACCACCAAACUCCACAUCCAAAGCUGCCUAUGUAGAUAAGCUAAUGAGGCCUCUCAAUGCUUUGGAUGAACUUUAUCGACUGGUAGGCUCAUUUAUCAGAUCAAAACGCACAGCUGCUUGUGCAAACACAGCCUGCAGCGCCUCUGGAGUUGGACUGCUGUCAGUUUCUUCUGAGCUGUGCGACAGGCUGGGAGCUUGCCACAUCAUCAUGUGCAGCAGCGGAGUGCAUCGGUGCACCCUGAGUGUGACACUGGAGCAAGCCAUCAUUCUAGCCAGGAGCCAUGGGCUGCCUCCUCGCUACAUUAUGCAGGCUACAGAUGUGAUGCGGAAGCAGGGAGCAAGAGUUCAGAACACAGCAAAGAAUUUGGGAGUGAGAGACCGGACCCCUCAAUCAGCUCCAAGGCUGUACAAGCUGUGCGAGCCCCCUCCCACGGCUGGAGAAGAAUGAAGAGAAUCCCAAGGAACCAAGCAGGUGGAAGCUUCUGAACACUGGCCCUGACCAGUACAUGCUGGUUCAGCAUUCUCCACUGAAAAUAAAAGAACUGCAUUUUUUUCUUUCCUCUAAAUCUUUCCCCACGGUGUUUUAUAACUAAUGCUCAGUUUGUACUUGGAUAUUUAUGCUGGAAAUGGGUAGGAGUUCAUUCAGACUUCAGCCUCACAAAGUGAUCUCUGUAGAUUGAUGUUAUGUCUUCAUUUUUCGGGCAAAAAUUCAUCUCCGGAAUUUAUAGAAAAAAAAAAUGUCCGAGAUAAAAACAUUUAACUAUUGGUCUCCUCUCGGAUUCAUUCGUUUGAUUGUAUCUGUUUUCAGUCCAUUCCCCAAAUGGACACAUGUAAUAAUGGAUAGUUUUGCUUGAAGAAGUCUGUCACUGAAAAACACAUGGUCACACUCGGCACAUCAUCAUGUGAAAGUUAAGAAUGGUAUAGACUGAGAGGCAUAGGUUUCCCAUCCCCCACUCAUGUCAGAGGAGGGUAUAUGUGUGGAAGCUGGAAACACAUGCUUCUCUGUUUGUCCUAAGGGCUGCUCAGUAGAGGAGAAGAGAGCUUUCAGGCCUCCAGCAAGACUUUCUUCCAUUACUUCCAAGUGUACUUUAUGCUCAUGAACAAGUCCAGUGAGCUGGUGCUGUCUUUGGUCUCUGCUGUGGGCCUGGCUUCCCAAGGAUACCUGUCUCAAAUCAGUGGCCCUGGGUAGGGCAUGGUGUGGGGAUCAGAAAGGUGAGGGGAAAGGCAAUGGGUCAAGAAGAAAAAAAUAAACCUAUUUAAAAACUCACAUGUCUACCUUAGAAAGAAACCUAAAACUCAGUUUUUGGAAGCCUUUCCACAAGAUGUCAGACUCAAAAGAAUUCACCAUCAGGAGUGCUUUUUUCAUCCAAGUAUUGUACAAGAUGUGAAAAUAAAGCUUGUUAUACUUUAAAAGGACCACUGGAAACCUUGAUUGUGGACACAAAGUAUAUCCCAUGUUCAUCCUAAAGUCUGUGUGAUUUUUGCCAUUUCUCCAUUGAUAGAAUAGUAUGGUUUUAUCAUUGUGAAUAAUUAACAUUUAUUUUAAAUUCAUAAUUCUCAAAAUAAUGGAAAGAUUCUUAUUGUGUUUAUAAUAAUUAGAGCCACACUUUGCUUCACAGCAGGAGGCCGCCCUGAGAAAAGUGUCACUAGGCAAUUUCAUCAUCAUGCAACUAUCAUGCGCUUACACAAGCUGAGAUGGCUACGACAUCAUUAGAUGGUUUAAUUUGUGGGACCCCUGUCAUAUAUGCUGUCCUUCAUUAACCAGAAUGUCAUUAUGCAGCACAUGACUGCAUGUGGAUUUAGACUAAGUAUGUGAAAUAACCAUGGUUUAGGCAAAUCGUUAUUAAAUUUUAAUUUGCAAAAUCUAAUAAUGGCUUUCAUACUAUCAUUAAAAACUUUCAUCACUAGCAGUUGUGUUUUGAGUAACAAAAAUACCAUGUUCUGUAUUAUGUCUGUAAAUUUACUGGUCAAGGUAAUAGUUGUUAUUUGGCACGGAAGCACUUGAGACUCUUCUGUUGAGCCCAUAGGUAUAGCGACAAACAAGGAAACUAAGAUCAAAGUUUCCAGAGCAAAAGUUGGACAUUUUGAGUUUAAUGAAGAUAAUGACCUUCACAUAAGUCUCUAUAUAAAUAACUCUGGACUCUCAGAAGUCUCACAUUCUUGACAUUUUCAGCAAGUGAUCCUGAAGGCUCAUCUAAUUUGUGAUUUUUUUCCUGUUUUGAAAAUUCAAUAACUUUCAACACAGGGCUAAUGAGUGAACACAACUGGUUAAUUAGCUGGUACUUAUCAUGUUGUCAUUACUGUCUUCUAGUCACCAUCCUGGCAGUGAUCCUCAUCAGAGGCCUGUCACCUAAACAUUUUAGAACUUUGCCACAUCUCCUGGGCUCCACUAUCUGCUCUUUAGGUAUUUACAAAUUAAUAUAUUUUAAAGGGUCUAAUCUCUAUAAUAGAAUAUGCUCAAUAAUAUUUUCAGGGUUAAAUGUAAGUGUACAAUCUAUCAGUGUAUAUGCCACCUACUAAAUUCAUGAAAGCCUGAAUGGUUUAUAUUAACAUGAGUCACUGUUGUUUUUAACGGUAAUAAUAUCUGUAACUAAUAUUUACUAAAUGAUCACUGUGUGCUAAGUGGCACCUCUGAUUGCUUUUCCCACAUUUUGUUACUACUUCACAUAAUCCUCAUAACAUUGAUAUUAGUUGGUAUUAUUUUUAUCACUCCCAUUUUAUUUGCAUUUGAGGAACUGAAGCAAAGAAUGUUCCAGUGACUUGUACCAGUUCGUAUGACUCACAAGUGGUAGAAGCAAAGUUCAAACCCAGGAAAUCCUUUUUCUUAAUAUGUUAUGCUGCUUUUCCAUGUUGAUAUAACAACUAUUGUAAUAUUACCAAUUACUUGUUAGUAAAGCUAGAGUUAUAUGGCAUGUGUUGCCAUGAAAAUAUACAUAUUAAGCUGAAAAAAAAAGUGAAUGGGGGCUGGGGUUGUGGCUCAGUGGCAAAGCACGUGCCUUGCAUGUGUAGAUCACUGGGUUCGAUCCUCAGCACCACAUAAAGAUAAUAAAUAAAUAAAUAAAUAUAUUGUUUCCAUCUGUAACUAAAAAAAAAAAAAAAGUGAAUGGAACUAUGUGAAAUGCCUUUAACACAUGAAAAUCAUAGGAUUUCCUGGAAAUUUUAACAUUUGGAUAUACAUUUUGAGGAAACCCAGUGCUGUUGCAAACUGAACAAAAUAUUUUAUAUCAUAUGCCUUAUCAUCAAAAGAUGGUAGUUUUAGAUAUAUAUUGCAAGUCUAGAAUGUAAUGAUAUAAAAUUUGACUAUUAAUUCCAAGACAGUGGUAAUAGUAGAAAAACAAAACAAAACCAAAAAAACAUCUAAUGGGUCAAUUUUUCAAUACCAUAUUAUGUCUCCUUAUGAUACUGGGCAUUUAAUUUGCCUUGAAUUUUAGAACCAUGUUUCUCUGUAACCAUGGUUCCUUCAAAUAUUUCUAAAGCUUGCUAACUGUUCAUCCAAACUCUGGAUUUGGAUAUCUGCCCCUUCCUACCUAAAAGGGAAGGAGAGUCAUGCAUUGAAAUUUGGGAUCUCUGCAUAGGAACUGACUUAAAAAUAAUUAAUUAGUGGGGCUGUGGUUGUGACUUAGUGGUAGAGCACUUGCCUGGCACAUGCGAGACACUGGGUUUGAUCCUUAGCACUAUGUAGAAAUAAAUAAAUAAAAUAAAGGUAUUUUGUCCAUCUCCAACUAAAAAUAUUUUUUAAAAUAAUAAUUAGUAAUUCAGAGUCAAUGCAUCAUAAAUAUUUUAUCAUAACUGAUACAUAUCUUCUAAUUAUAAAAUUUAGUGUGCUGUUAAAGAGUAUGAGGAGUUUGAAAACACUAGAAAUUUACAUUUAUUUCCAUUAGAAUGUAAGGAAGGGGAAGAAUUUCUGUACUAGUUUUACUUUUGUUAGCUAUGUGAUGUUGAAUUUAGAUUGUAAGCUUUAUUUUAUAAACCAGUAUCCCAACCUGAAGUCCCAAACUAUCUUCUGUCCCUUCCAAGUACAUUCUUCCAGUGGUUUAGGGUCCUGUGCAUUUUGGCCACUCUUCUUGCAGCAACAAUAUUCAAUUUAAAAUGAGGUCAACUUCUUAGGAUACUGUAAAACCUAUGACAUUGAUUACGACUGUUCAUUUAAAUUUUGUGAUCAUUAAAUGAAAAAGGAAAUGAAGUUGAUCCUAAUGAUAACCGUACUAGCCAAGAAAAUGAACAGGCAAGCAAAUUGUAAGGGGCAAACUGAUUUAAGGAAAGCAAACCCUUUUCAAGUCCUCUGGCAGCAUAUUUUAUAGGCAAGAUUAGUAUUUAUUGAUUUGGAAGUAUUAGGUUGAGAAUAAAUUACUCCAUGUAUUUAACAACUAAGAAUAUAUUUUUACCUAAAAUACUAAAGUAUUCUUUCACUAGAUGAAGUAGAUCUUUUUCUGUCUAACAUGGUUUAAUGCUGAUUAGUGGGCACCUUUUUUAUUCACUUACAUUUUUAUAAACUCAUAAUAAGGAAAUGUAAAAUCAAUAGCCAUCCUUCAGGUCGCUUGUACUUUAUAUUUUACUUUAAAUGUCAUUUUCCUUUACAAUUUACUAUUGAAACUAGAUUGGACUGAAUUGCUUCUGAAUUUUUGGGAAAAAAAAUAAUAUAUAUAUAUUCAUUUACCUGUUUGCUGAAUGGGUUGUCAGUUGUCUUCUUUAACUAUUAGGGAAAAAGAUUUUGAAAUGGUUUAGGAUGAUCUGAAUUUCAAUUAUGAAAAAAUAUUUUGUAUUCUCUCAAGUAUUUGCAGUUUUCGUGAUAAUUCUCAGCAAAGCUUUAACUUUCAGAACAGGUUGGGAAAAUAUAAGAGGGGCUGUGCCAAGAAUAGCCCCAGGUGAUUCCCUUUACAAAUACUGGCCGCCAUCUUCCUUGGUGCUACAAUUCCGUAAUAGUCAUUAUGGCUAAUCUUUGGUUUCAGAAGAAUUUGACUACUUCAACAAUUUGCCAUUAAAAGCAAUGUCAGUAUUCAUAUUGGCAAACAUCUAAGAGCAAGCAUGGAAGACUGUUACGUGGCCUGUGCGUCUUUUAGCCUUCGUUCCCUAGACACAAGGCCUACUUCACUCAGGAUAGUUUGCUUCUCUCUCUGAGAAGAGAUUUCUGAAGUCUACUAGGUGUACUAAAUGAGAUAUAUCUGUGUGUAUGUCUAUAUAUAUUGUAUGUAUUUACGGCUUUUGUUUUUAUGAUAACUCAUUAUAAAAGUCAGUGAGAUUCUUAUGUCUUGUUUUACAGUAAGAUAUGAAAAAUGGAAUUGUUCAGUGUAUGUAAUGUAGACAUCAGAGCUGUCCAAAGUAGUAAGUGUACUUGGCUGAACAUCUUUCAAUCACUGAUGCUAGUUUGGUAUAUUUUAGUCUGCUUUUUGAAACCAUUAUAAAAUGCCUGAAAUAAUAAGCUUAUAAAGAAAAAAGGUUCGUUUCAGCUUACAGUUUGAGAGGUUCUAAAUGAUCACUUGGCCCCAUGGUAUUGGGCCUGUGGCAAAGCAACAUAUCCUGGCAGGAGUACAUGGCAGAGCAUAUCCACUCAACUUGUGAUCAGGAAGCAAGGAAAGAAAAAGGACCAGGGUCCUGCAGUCCCUUUCAAGGGUACACCCCCCAAUGACAUAACUUUCUCUCAUAAGCCCCACCUGCAUAUGGUUCCACCAGUAGUGCCCUCUACUACGUGGACCUUUGAGGGACAUUCAAAAUACAAACUGUACUACUCACAAUUCAGUUUGAAAUUAUUUGAUCUGGCUUUGCCAUCAAGAAGUAUCUGAUUAAAAAGAAAAUCGUUAAGUUUUAAAACUACAGUUCUACUAGAAAUAGAAAGGUUUUGGUAGUUAAUUUUAGGUGCAAAUAACAGAAUAAAUGUCAUGUAGGAAUUCAACAAAUGCUUUCAAGAUUUUAUGUUGUACAUGGUGCAGCUGGUGGGUCAAGUGUUCGUGUUGGUUGUUUGGUUGGGAAAUCUUUGGUGUGUCUGUGUUUAUUGAUCACUUGUAUCUUUUAAAAUGGCAAUAUUUGUAACAAACCUAUUCUAAUAUCAUGUGCAUAUAAAUAUUGUAUGUAGUCAAGAAGACUAAGUUGGUGAAAUACUUUAGAAAACACUUUCAAAUUUGAAUAUCUAAUGCUUCAAGCAAAUUUAUUAGAGUUUCAGAUGAAUAUAUAUUUUUGUAACUGCCAAGUAAAUGAGUAGAACAUAGCUUUUUGAUUAAAAAAUAUUUUUAUAAGUACUCAUUUACACAGUAUUCAUUAUUUUAAAUGGCAAAAUAUCAGAUUGGUUCUCUAAAUAGUAAUUGUUUUAAGUAUAUCUAUAUUUAACAUCAUAUAACAUCCCAAAUUUAAUGAUAUAUUUCAUCUGAAUGUGUUAUUAGCCCCUUUUCUUGUAAAAUAUAUAUGUAACAUAGUUCUGAUCACUUCAUAUUUUGUGUAUGAUUAAAAUUAUCAGUGCAUUAUGUAUUUUAUGUCAUUUAUUUGUGUGUGCAUUAAAUAUUGAAAUGGUAACAUCGUAUCACAAAUAUCAACAAUAAUAAAGGGAAUUGUAGUGUAA